UGAUGGGAGGGGCUAAAGGGGCCCAGAAGCAGACGGCGAGGAACAGCUGCAGAGCGGUGCUCCUUCACCAAAUUACAGUGAUAAGAGGAAAGAGACAGAAAAGAACCCCAGCAUAUUUAAAAUUUCACUCAUACCGUAGAAUAAACAAACCAAGACAUUAAACAUGGUUGACCGUGAACAGCUGGUUCAGAAAGCUCGACUAGCUGAGCAGGCGGAGAGAUAUGACGAUAUGGCAGCAGCCAUGAAAUCGGUAACAGAGCUAAAUGAGGCUUUGUCUAAUGAGGAGAGAAACCUACUUUCUGUGGCAUACAAGAAUGUGGUAGGUGCACGCCGCUCCUCCUGGAGGGUGAUCUCUAGCAUUGAGCAGAAGACCUCAGCUGAUGGCAAUGAAAAGAAGAUUGAGAUGGUGCGAGCCUACCGUGAGAAGAUUGAGAAAGAGCUGGAGACUGUAUGCCAGGAUGUGCUUAGCCUGCUCGACAACUAUCUGAUCAAGAACUGCAGCGAUGCACAGCAUGAAAGCAAGGUGUUCUACCUGAAGAUGAAGGGCGACUACUACCGCUACCUGGCAGAGGUUGCUACAGGUGAGAAGCGAUCCACAGUGGUGGAGUCUUCUGAAAAGGCAUACAAUGAGGCGCAUGAGAUCAGCAAGGAACACAUGCAGCCCACACAUCCCAUCCGCCUGGGCCUGGCACUCAACUACUCAGUUUUCUACUAUGAGAUCCAGAAUGCACCGGAGCAGGCAUGUCACCUGGCCAAGACAGCAUUUGAUGAUGCCAUUGCCGAGCUCGACACCCUCAACGAGGACUCCUACAAAGACUCCACGCUCAUCAUGCAGCUGCUGCGAGACAACUUGACACUGUGGACGAGUGAUCAGCAGGAUGACGAGGGCGGCGAGGGCAACAACUAAGUGGUAGAUCUUUCUCUGUGCAGAAAAAUUUAUUUAAGAAAUACGGCUGGUGGACUUUGGCAAGCAGCUUUUGCCAUGGUUUCCUCUGCAGUGGCAGUUCUUUAUUUUUCCAUGAAUUUAAAAA